AUGGUUCAAUUCACUGGUCUCACAGCGGUGCUGGCGUUUGCCUCCGCUGCCUAUGCUCAAUGCGGUUCCGGCACACCCGACGCACGGGUCACUGGAUCUGGUAGCUCUUACACAGCAACCAAAGGCUCGACAAACCUCUACACUGGCUCCGACUACCGCCUAGCCAUCCAACGUGCGCUCGAUGGAAUUAGCAGUGGACAGCGUGUUUCCGUCAUCGCGUCCGGUAACAUUGGCGCGAGCACCCUUACCAUCACGAGCGGAAAGACAUUCGAAGGCUGCGGGACUAUCACAGUUUCUCCCAAAAGCGGAGGAGGAAACAUUGAAGUGACUGAUCAGUCCGGGGUCAAGAUCCCUUACCUGACCAUGGCCGGUUCCACCUACUUUGGCAUGCGCUUCUCUGGUACCAAAGACCUAACCCUUGGCACCAUCAACUUCAAUCUCAAGGAAGGGAUGGGAAUUCGAUUCGAUCGUGACCGAGCGGCCAAUACAAACGUCAAGAUGGGCACCAUCACCUGCACCGGCGGCACGUCGCACUGCGUCGAGACAUGGAACAUUGACAAGCUUGAAGUCGGCUCCGUAAUCGGCAAGAAUGUCGGAGAGUGUGGCCUACUCGUUCAAAAGGUUACAAACGCAAACAUCGGCACCGUAGACUGCGACAACUGCGGCGCAGGCACCGGAUACGCCGCCUUACGUUUUGCUAACGAAGCUGGAAAGCUCAACGGCGGAUACGCAACUAAUAUCAAGGUCAACCGCGUCAAGGCUCGUGGUGGUGGUCGCGGAAUCUUCUGUGUCUCUGCUUCUGGUGGUGUGGAGAUUGGCACCAUCGAUGUCGCCAACACUGGCAACAACGCCAUCUUGCUCGAGAACUGCUACAAUGUAAACAUCAAGGCCGGUACCGUUAGCGGCGGUGGUGAAGUUCGUCUUGCCGCCAGGACCGAAUUUGCAAAUAGCAGGGACAUCGCGAUAGCCAUCAAGGUUGAUGGAACUACUGUGAGAGAGAGCCCUAACUUGGAAAAGAGCCCUUCGCAAAGAGACAACGAUGAAAUAGUCACACCUUGUACUGGUGCUGCUGAUUCGGCAACAUGGUGUUGCGGGUCUUCAAAUCAAUGCUGCGCUGAAAGGAGCACUAUCCCGCGAUACACGAUAGCGGCACGUUUCGGGGACCCUAUACCUACAGCGACUUCAUCGAUUGUCUCUUCAACCGUGUCGUCCAUGAUCUCGUCUUCGACAUCGACGCUGCCAGCAACGAGCACAGCGAUAGCCACCGGCAACAAUGAACUGUCUGUGGGUGCGAAAGCUGGCAUUGGUGUUGGGGCAACACUCGGAGCUAUCGCCUUGAUAGGUUUGGGGAUUUUCAUCGCUCAGGCGUUGCGAUGGCGUAAGAAAGCGCGAGAUGCGACUCCCUCGACUCGUGCACCUGAAGAGUACACGCCAAAGGACGUUUAUCGAUACGAACAGGAUGGCAACCCUGCGCAGUUAGCCUGCGGGGAAAGUGAACUGCACGAGCUGCCAGGAUCUGUGAGGGUUUCCGAGCUAGAUCAGGUUGCUUACAGUCGUCCAGUGGGCGGACUUGCUGCGAAAGCUUGA